AUGGGUGUAUCAGCCACGCAAAAUCUUUAUUCCUAUACCUCUGGAAGGUUCCUUUUCAAUGAGGAUCGUCGCCUCCGCGAGCGUUUUGUGGAGUUUAACGCCACUGCCCUUUUGCAGGAGACUGAGAAGAUCUUGGGUUCUGCUCACGGACAAGUCGCAUCUAUUGUCAAACUGGCCGAAGGGGGGUUCAAUCGCGUGUUCCUUCUAAGUAUGGAUGAUGGGUUUGAGGCAAUUCUUAAAAUCCCCUUUCACAUUGCUGGGCCCAAACAAUUUGCCACUGCAAGUGAAGCUGCCACUUUACGAUAUCUCCAUUCUAAGGGCAUACCCGUGCCUAAAGUUUAUGGCUAUUCUUCCUGCGCAAAUAAUCCUGCUGGGGUCGAGUAUCUUCUCAUGGAAAAGGCUUAA